AUGUUUUCAAUAGCUAUGGCCGUGGACCUCGACUUCGGCCCCCGCCAUAGCCAGGGGAACCUUAGAUCCAGCCUCUUCCUCCCCUUCAACUUCCUCCUCUCGCCUCCUCCUCCUCAUCGUCUCCGUUCCCUCGGUGCCACCUCUCGCUAGCUAAAACAGCUUAAAUUGCACGUGUUGCGUGCACUGCUGUUUCUGAAAGGCCCUCUCGCGGCGCCCCUGGUUUCCCGACGACUUGACUAAAACCUCCAAACGGCGGGGGGGAAGGGGGGAGAGAACUUUUCUAUAUAGAUGGCGGCGUUGUCUAAUAAUUUUACGUUCUCCUUGAUGAGGGGCAAUAGUAAGACUUUGGUACAAAUGAAUGCAAAUGUCUCCUUCUCUGCUAACUACAGUUUUGAGCCCAGCCUACUUUAUAAUGUGAAAAAGUCGAAAUGCUCAGCUUCGUCAAUGGUAUCCAGGAGGUCUGGACAGAUAUCACACUCUUUGCGGACAGACUUAUCACUUGGUGCUCCAAUAAGGAAGACGUGGCCUAGGUUUCAGUCGUCGAAAAGAUUGAUUUGUUCGGCCUCAAGUGCUUCCAUGGGUGGAUCUGAUUCUGUAUUUCCAAGAAUCAGAGAGCGAGACCCCUACAAGCUCUUGGGAAUCCACAGGGAAGCCGGGGAGGAAGAGGUUCGGGAAGCCCGCAGCUACCUGGCUAGUCAGUAUGGUGGUGACGCAAAAAGCAUGGAGUCGAUCGAAGUUGCAUACGAUAAAAUUAUGAUGGAGAAAUUGCGUGAAUACCAAAAGUCGCAAUUCAAGCCAAAGAAGAAAGAGAUCAAACCCUUGCCCGCUUGGCAGCAGAAGAUUGUUGGUAUGUAUCAAGUUCCGAACAAAGAUGACAUUAUAAAGAGAGCCGUAUUUUAUGCUUUACUUGGAGUAUGGAGCGUGCUCAAACCUGGGCAAAGGGGCCCUGCUUUCCAGGUGCUCACGUCAUUUGUGGCGUGUAUUUACUUUCUCAAUGAUCGCAUAAAGAUUGUUGGCAGAUCUUUCUUCAUUGGGUUCGGUGCGUUGGUCCUAGGCUGGGUGUUCGCCUCCUUUUUGGUACCGGUCAUUCCUACAAAAAUUCUUCCUCCCUCGUGGACCCUGGAACUUACAUCAUCGCUUGUUUCGUACAUCUUCCUCUUUGGUGCUUGCACGUAUUUGAGAUGAAGACCAACUUUGUGUCAGGUUAUUCUGUUGCAAGGAGACAGUAGGUAAUAGUGUAGAGAGAGGAGUGAGAAAAGGAUUAUGGGAAACUAUUUUUUGCAUAUCCCUUGGAGGCUCAGAAGCUGGUUUUAGUGGUAACAAUACAUUAUCUUUUUCACCUCGGAUAUCGAGUAGAGUGAUGCUCUGUUGCACAUACACAUGCACAUCCAAUGAUCUUAGUUUACAACUUGUGCAAGCGGCCCACCAUGGCGUACCGUCGGAUACAAAGGUCACAAGGUAUCAUUUGUAAUUGAAAGUAGCAGAUCGGUCUCAAUCGAAAUAUUGCGAAAUGCAGUUGCCCUUGUUCCUGUUUUUA